AUGAGUGAAAUCAAAGGCAAUAAGUUAGCAAUUUUUAUUGAAAAUCCCUUAAAGAAAUAGCAUUAGAAUUAAAAUAAUAAUGAAUUAGAGGUCAUAUUAAGCCCUCCUAAAUAUAAUAAAAAGCAAAAGUAAUUUUGCAAUAGGAUUGAAUAACUCGACCUAAGCAACUAAGGUUUAAUGGAGAUAAAUUCAGAAAAAAUGAAUAAUAUAUGGAUCAUUAAAUUAGAUUUGUCUCAUAAUUGCAUACAAUAAUAUGGCGAUUAAUUUAAGAUAUUAUAAAAUUUAAGAAUAUUAGAUAUAUCAAAUAAUUAUCUUAAAAUUUUACCUUUUGAUGUAAUGUUUUAUGAUUUGAUUUUAGUUUAAUAAAUUUCAUCCCCAAUUAUAGAAUUUACAAAUUUCGCAAAAUUAUCUCAGUACUGUGCCUUAAAUGCCAGAUAAACUAAUUUAAUUAAACAUUGAGUACAAUCAGAUACACUUAUUUCCUUGGAAUUCGUUAAAUUCAAUCUAGAUUUUGCUUCUUACAGGAAACCCAAUCUAUGAAUUAAAAUAUUUAUCUGAAUUAAAAGAGUUCAGUAUCGACUGGGUGAUAUAUUUAGGAUGGAGCGAGAGAAUCACAGGGAAUUAAUUGUAAUAAUUUUAGAAUUGGUUAUUAAAAGAGAAUCAAGCGACAUUCCAGAAUAUGAUAAAGCAUUUCUUAGGCGAGUAGUAUAAUUAUCGAAAUUCUGAUGAAAAUGGAAACACUAUUAUACAUUAGGCAGCUUUGAAACAACACUUAGGAGUUAUUUUGGGUUGUAGCAGUUUUGUUGACAAAAAUUCAUUAAAUAACCAGAAGCAAUCUCCAAUCCAACUAGCUUUGUUAUAGGAUAAAUAUCAAAGUGUUAAAUGCUUAUUAUCUUUAAACGUUAAUCUAAAUUCAGUAAAAAUAUCUUUAUUCUAGCAAAAUCUAAUUAUAAUAUCUCUAAUUAAAUAACAAAUAAAUUUGAUGCAAGGGUUUUUAUAACAUGGAACAGAUCCAAAUGAGUAGGACAAAGAAGGAAAUACAGCCUUACAUUAUUUGAUCAACAAAUGGUCAACUUUUUAAUUUCCUGACAAAUAUGCUGCUCUUCUUCUAUACUACGGGUAAGGUCUUUAUAUUAUCAAUAGUGCAUGCCCUCUUAUUUUAAAUAUAUAAGGUCUUAGUCCAUUGCAUAUAGGAGUGAAACGUGGAUUCAUUUAAGCGGUUAAAUUUGCAUUAGAAUAUAAAGGAUAACUUGAAAUUUGUGAGAGAUGUUCACAUCCUUUUGAUAUUACUUAAGUUACAGGUAAGGAAAAGUUUAGUGUUUUUGAUAUUUGCAUGCAAUCAAAUGAAGUCUAAAUGUGCUUUUUCCUUUUACGAUAUUGUUAAGAUUAUAUCAGUUGCAAACCGAUAACUUAUGGUUGUUUAUGGAAACUUAUUAGAAAACACAAUAGAGAUAUUUUGGUUGAAUAAUGUCAAAAGUCUCGAAAUAAGUUAAGUUAAUCAGGACGAUAAAUGCAUGAACGAAAAAGCAAACAUGCUUGUUGUUUAAAUUUAACAAAAUAAUUGAAUGCUUCGUUUAUGAAAAUUAAUUUACCUAAUUAGUUUACAAUGAGUAGAUAGAGAAAAGACUAUUUUUCAAUCUAAGAUGUACCCGUACUUAAGGAAGGAGAUAAUGAUCAUAUAGAUUAUUCAGACAGUUCAAUUGAUUCCCAUGAGGAAACAAAAGGGUUAUAGCCUGUUAAUUGGAGUAAAUAUGACUGCAAUAAUGAAAUGAAUGCUCCCAAACUAUGCAUAUAAUCUAAUACUAUUGUCACCGAAAAAGAAAGCCACAGAGAAAAUUCAUAAAUUAGACAGAUAGCAGAAGCCUACUACAAGUAUAUAUUUAAUCAUUAUCAAUUAUAAGUGAAUAUAUAUUAAAUGAUAAUUUAUUAAAAAAGGAAGAAAUUUUAAUAAUAUUACUCAAAUUAAAUUUUCAGAUCAAUGUAUUGAAUAAAAUGAGAGAUCUAUCGAUUUAAGAGAUAUUUAUCCAAAUUGUUGAAGACUAUUCCUUCUAACAUGAAAUUCUUUAGGAACAACAAAGCUCAAUAAAAUAGGAAUCAUUUUUUUUUAAGGAUUUAGAAAGUAUAGACUAGUGUGAUUCAACCUGUUAGAUUAUUUUAAUGCCAUCAUCUUUAAACUAUUUGAAAUAAAGAUUUGAUUAAUGGACAUUAGAAUAUUUACUUAGGUUUACUACUAAAUUUAGUGAACAUUCUAAACUUUCUGAAAUUCACUAAUUUGAAUUAUUUUAAUUAUGA